GAUCACUAUCCUGAACAUCCAGACCACUAUCCAAGGCAACCUGAUUACUAUCCUGAGCAUCCAGACCACUAUCCAGGACGAUCGGAACAUUAUCCCGAACAACCAGAUCCUCAUCCCGAAAAGCCUGACCCUUAUCCAGGGCCACCUGCCUAUUAUCCCGAGCAUCCAGAUCACUAUCCUGAGCAACCAGGACAACCAGAUCAUUAUCCAGAACAACCAGGAUAUUAUCCAGAACACCCUGAUGAAUCCGGUAAUUAUCCUUAUCUUCCCUACCCUGGUCAACCCGAUCAACCAGGUCAUUCUGAAUCGCAUAUCGACUACCAACCUUCUGCACAUCCAACGUGUUCAUCACAAGGUUUGAACGUUUGUAGAGAUGGCACUACUUGCGUAGAUUAUAGUCAAGGAUACUGUUGCGUCUGUCAGACCUUCUACAUUGGGAAUGGAAUUGAUUGCAUGGCAAUAUCAGAACUGAACAGCAGACAAUCAACUCAUCCAUUAAAGAUUACUAUAAUGGGCAGUCUUCAGGGGACUUUGAAUGGUCAAAAUUUGAGAAAAAAUAAAGCUUAUAGCGUCAACCACAUUAAUACUGGAAGAAACGUUAUAAACAUUAAUUCAGUCAAUAAACAAACCAAAAACCUUUUUCCAAUGUUAUUUUCUUUGACAUCAAUAACUGGUUUCUUAUUUGGCCUACCUACGAAAGACAGUCUUGAUGUAAUAGGUUUCAACCUCUUAGGCGCUCAAUUUGAAGUAACAACCAACGUUCAAUUUUCUGAAUCCAGACAUUUUUUGACAAUCAAGCAAAAAUUCACUGGUAUUAAAGAAAAGGAAAAAAAUAUUGCCUGCGAAAUAGAAGUAAACGGAGAAGUGCCUGACAUGAACUUCGGUAGCAAUGCUUUUGUUAAGCCAACAGAAAUUGAAUAUAAAAGUGUGGGCCUUGGAAAGCUGAAAUCCCGGUACACCCAAAGUCUGACAGCCGGCCCAAACACCAUUAUGGCUACCGUCGACGAAGAAAUUGAAUUCAUGGAAUGCGAGUAUCAUCAGUUUGAUGCAAGGUUCUCUGAGUUCAAAGUUGCUUUAUCAAAAAUAUCAAUUCUACCAACUGCACAAGCAUUGAGAUUCACUUUGAACAGCCAAAUUUUUACAAAAGCACCUCGCGAAGAUCCCUGCAAAUCAGCUUUGUGCCACCCGCUGUCCACAUGCCAACCUGAUGACGCAGGAAGCUACAGAUGUCUUUGUCGCCCUGGUUAUCAAGGCAAUGGAUGGAACUGCGAGGAUGUCGACGAAUGUUACGAGAGGACACAUGAUUGCCACGCAGACGCACACUGCAUAAACAGGGAGGGAUCUUAUGAAUGUUCAUGCGCCGACGGAUUCCACGGCGAUGGCAGAAGUUGUGAAGCAGUGCAACAACGAGUGGAGACAUGCAGGGAGCUUCGUAACUGUCACGAGUUUGGUGAAUGUCUGUACGAUCAUCAUUACAACAGGUACCAGUGCGUCUGCAAGCCGGGAUUUAGAGGUGAUGGGUACCACUGCGAUUAUGAGAGCCACCAUCACGAUUACGACUGCUCAGCCAAUCCAGGUGUCUGCCAUCACGAGGCCAGAUGCAAUUUUGAUCACAACAUGCGCAGAUAUACCUGCCAGUGUCUGCCCGAUUUUGACGGGGACGGCAGAGCAUGUGUUAAAAAAAAUUGCAACAGCCACCCUGAGAUAUGUUCCGUAGAUGCUCACUGCGUCAGGCAGGGAUAUGAUUUCGUUUGUGUCUGCAAUCCGGGGUUUCAUGGCGAUGGAAUGCAUUCAUGCACAUACAUCGGUGGGGUGGAAACAAGCGGCGGUGAUGAGAAGUUAGUCUACGCGCAAGGCAUGUUCUUGGGAGAAAUAUCAUCAAAACCUUACCACAAAGAAUCUGGGAAGUACAUUUCAUACACGCCAGGCCAGCUUGCAGUGGCAGUGGACACUAACUGCGCCAACCACGACAUCUACUGGACAGACGCCUCCCACCGAUGCAUCAAAUCUUCAAGGGCAGAUGGAUCCAACGUGAAGACUGUUGUCGAUCACCUCAGCUCUCCCGAAGGAAUCGCCAUCGACUGGAUCUCCGGCAACAUCUACUGGACAGACUCCGGCACCGAUAUGAUCCAGGUCUCCAAGUUGGAUGGGUCGAACGUCAAAACUCUCUUCUCGCAGAACAUCACCAACCCGCGUGCCAUUGCUGUCGAUCCAAUGAGAGGUUUGCUUUUUUGGUCGGACUGGUCAAGAACGUUUCCAAGAAUUGAGAGAUCGAACUUGGACGGGACGGAGAGGAAGAUGGUAGUGACGGACAACUUGGGCCUCCCGAAUGGGUUGGCGUUGGAUCUCGAUUCUCAAUUUGUGUGCUGGUCUGACGCAGGUAAGAAAAAGAUUGAGUGUACAACGUAUGAAGGUAGGAAUAGGAGAGUGGUGCACCAGGAUGCUGGCUACGCGUUCGGUCUCGCCUACCACAGCAACAUGUUCUACUGGACCGACUGGGAACGUGCGAACGUGGUGAAGACGGCGAGCAAGCACUCGUCACUGAAGGAAGACAUCGGCAUUCCGCAGGGCUCCAGUGGCAAGUUGUACGGCGUUACUGUGGCCAAGUCAUCGUGUCCACAUGGCACCAAUCCAUGCUCCUACAAGGAUGGGGGCUGUCGCUACUUGUGCUUCGCUUCACUCACUGGCGGACGAACAUGCGCUUGUCCCGACAACAUCAGUGAAGAGGAUUGCCACAACUAAACCUACUGAUUGAUUGAUUGAUUGAUUGAUUGAUCGGUUGAUUGAUCAAUCAAUCGAUUGAUUGUUAAUUUUAUUAAUUGAUUGUUUUAUUAGUUAAUUGAGUGUUUGGUUAAUUGAUUGGUUGGCUGAUGGUUUGAUUGUCUAAUUGAUUUUGGUAAAUUAAUUAAGUUUCGGGAUUGAGAUAAUAGAACAUGUUAAUUAUUUUAUAGUUGAUUAGCAUUUUUGGUCGGUUUGAUGCGAAAAAUUGCCCAAGAUAGAUUGAAACGUAUUUAAUUCGCCGUGUUAUCUUUUGUUACCAUCGAAAAUGUUUAUUUGAAUAAAGUGUUCUUAUGUUAAAAAAAUUGCAAGUUUACAAUUUAAUUCUGUUUCAUUGUUUUUUUUUAUACAUUUCUGUUGACGAUAUUCAACAAAAUGCAUUCAGUUUCAUUUUUAUGUUUUUGCGUAUGUGUGUGUGUGUGUUUACGUUUCAAAAUGACCUGACAUUUUGUUCAUUUACAAACGUGAACGAGACGAACAAACUUGACUUCAUAUACAUUUUGAUAUGAAACUUAGUUUUUUCUCAUGUCAGCGUUCACCUAUUAUUUUGAAAACUCAUUUUCGAUAGUUGAUUAAUUAAUAACGUGACGGAAAUAACCUGUUAGCAAUUGAAUUGUUAUGGAUAGACAAACAAAUAAGCGAAAAUAUUAUUGCAUUAGAAAAAAAAACUAUUAAGCAAUGUCGACAUUUUGUUGUUUUGUCAAACUUUAUUUUAAAAAUAAUAAAAAGAAAAAGUUAUUGAGAGGUGUGC